AUGAAUAAAAAUUCGACUUUACUCAAUCGAUCAUUGAAUGAUGAUCGAUUAUAUAAAAUUGAACAAGAACGUUCUGAUUUACAACGUAACCUUGUUCAUACAUCGACACAUUUUGAUCAAUUAGCAAGUGAAAAACAUGGUUUAACAGUAGCAUUAGAUGAUCUUCGAGCAAAAUUUGGUACUGAAAAACAGAAUUUAGUGGAUGAAUUAGAUAUGUUACGAGUCGCUCGAUCAACAUUUGAACAAGAACAACGAACACGUGAUCAAGAAUUACAAAAAAUUCGUGAUAGAUCACGUAUUUCAUCUGAAGAACUAAAAAAUGCUCAAACAAAAGUUCAUCUACUUGAACAACAACUCGAACAACAAUUAAAUAAAAAUAAAGAUUUAAAUGAUGAAGUUCAUCAGAUUAGAUUAGAAUCAACUAAUUUACAACGAAAUCUCAAUGAUCAUCAUUUAGCUAGUCGAGAAAGAGAUCGUUUACAAGGUAUUGUAGCUGAAUUAGAAACAGAAAUUGAUAAUCUUCGACAAGAACUUAAAUCUCAUGAUAAUCGUUAUACUGAAGCUCAAUUUCUUCGUAAUAAAUUAGCUGAUGAAAAAUCAGCUUUAAUGAAAGAAGUAUCAAGAUUAGAAAAUUUAACAAAAGAAUUCGAACGAGAAUUAGAUCAACUUCGUUAUACAGUACGAGAUCGUACAGAUACAUUACAAGCAAAAGAUAAAGAAUUAGCUGCUUUACGAAAGAAAGAACAAAGUUUUAUUAGUUCAAUCGAAACAAUUCAAUCAAAAUUAGAUAGUGAAUUAACAAAAAAUAAAGAUCUUGAUGCACACCUUCGACAAGCACAACGACAAUUAAAUAUUGAAAUUCAAAAUGCAUUAAGUGCUAAACGUUCAUUGACUGAAUAUGAAAUACGUAAUACACAUUUACAAGAUGAAGCAAGUGUCCUUCUACGUGAAAAAGAUCAAUUAACAAAUCUUAUUAGUACAUUAAAACAACGACUUACAAGUGAAGAAGAUUUAACAAGUAGUUUACGAAUUGAAAUACAAGAACUUGAAGAUCGUGUUAAAGAAAUUGAUCGUCUUAAAUCACUUGAAGAUUUAAUACAAUCACAACGUUGGGAUGAUAUAUCACAAAUGGCAUUAACAAUGCAAUCUGUUAGUCGAACAAUGGCACGAGCUACAAGUCCAACAACAAUACGAAAACAUAUAGAAUUACAAUAA